AUGGCCGCAAGCGUGGAAGUAAUCGAGCGCAAUGCCGCUAUCAAAGCCCGUCUCUCACAAGUGACAGAUUUGAUAGAAGAGCUCUGUGACCUUUCUAUCGCUCAAGGACAGGACCCGACACUGGACGAAAAUGGACAACGUAACCAGACUCAUAGAGCCGUCGUGGAAGAGGUUUGGAAGCUUCUUUACACCAUUCGGGGCCCUGUGGAUUCCAUUUUCAGCCAUUUUGAGAAUGCAGCCCACACCAGUGCGCUUCGAGCCCUGAUGGAAAUGGGGGUCUUUACUUCUCUGCCUCAAGAUGGCAGUAGUAAAACAGCCGACAGCUUGGCUCAAGAGUUGAGUGUGGACAAAGAUUUGCUCGUUCGACUCCUUAGGAUCACCACAAUUUGGGGUCCAUUCAAGGAAGACGAUAUCGAGACGUACAGUCACACACCUUACUCGCUUGUUUAUCUCAUUCCUGGCCUCCAAAGUACUUUCAAGCUAAUGGCGGAUGAGGGUCACCCGGUCUGGGUGCAAUGGUCCAAGUUCUUCCAAACCCACGGAUGGGUCAAUCCUGUUGACAACGUAAAAAGCCCAUGGUCAUUCAUUCAUGGAACGGGGGACAAAACAGCCUGGGAGUAUCUCGCGCAGUUCCCCGAACGUUUCCAAGCCUUCAAUGAUGCUAUGCAGGCGCAGACCAGCGCCACUGUCUGGACCGUGGAGUUGUAUCCAUUUGCUCAGGCUCUUGCGGAAGUCCCAUCAUCAGCUGAUACGCCUUUGGUGGUCGACAUUGGAGGGGGAAAGGGACUCGCUCUACGACGGAUCCGGGAGCUGGUGGGCAAAGAUGUCACUGGUCGAUUUAUUCUUCAGGACCUUCAGGUGGUGCUGGAUGAUGCCACAACCGAGGAAGUGGCGGGCCUCGAAGUCCAGGCAGUGGAUUUCUUCCAGCCACAGCCAGUGAAGGGAGCUACGGUUUACUAUGUACGUCGAGUGCUACAUGACUGGUCUGAUGAGGUCUGCGUCAACAUCUUGCAGAACAUCGCGACGGCCAUUACCGAUAAGGUCUCACAGCGAGUGGUCAUUGCCGAGAACAUUAUCCCCAGCAAGAAUACUGGGGUCGAGGCCGCUUGGCAGGAUAUGACUAUGAUGGCUCUCGGGGGAACUGAAAGGACUCUCAAGCAAUGGGAGGCGAUGCUGAGCAAGGCUGGAUUCCAGCUUCAUCGAACAUUUAUUGCCCCAGGGACAAACUAUGCUGCCAUUGAAGCUUUUUUGAUAUAG